GUUUUACCAUUCCUUCCGUCACUGUUGGUGCAGUUGACUUACUUAUUCUUGAAGUUAUUCUCGUAAUGGCUGCCACGCUCAACCCGUAGUGUAUUGGUUAUAUGAUCAAAACUGUGUUCUUUUAGUAAUUCAUCGUUUGUUUCGAACAAUGUGCGUGUGUAAACGGUUUUCGUAGAAAUCUGCUUAAAACGAGUCUUUUGAACCUUUUCGCUAGUAUAUGUGGACUCGGCGUUUAUGAAAUACAUUUAAAAAGGCUUUUGUACAUUACGUUUAAAACUAAAUCUGUGUAUUAUUGUGUGUCAAGUGUUUACUGAUAUAAAUAUGGAUUCAAGGUCUUCUUCAGCUCUGUUCAAACGAGCCGAACAGUUACAGAAAUGGAAAGAGUCGGAAACUUUUAAGCAGUCACCUAAUCCGAGACACGCGGCGAGAAUACAAUUUUCUACUGGAACAGUGUUUCUAGCAGCAUGUAAGGCUGGAGACAAAGAUGAGAUCCAGAGACUUUUGAAUAUGGGCGCUGAUAUCAAUACACCAAAUGUCGACGGCCUUACGGCCUUGCAUCAAGCGUGCAUUGAUGAUAAUAUGGACAUGGUGGAGUUCCUCGUCAGCCACGGCGCUGACGUCAACCGACGCGACAACGAGGGCUGGACCCCCUUACACGCCACAGCGUCUUGCGGAAUCGACAGUAUUGCGAGGUACCUGAUCGAGAACGGGUCGGACGUGGCUGCUGUAAAUUAUGAUGGGGAAUUGCCCAUCGACCUGGCGGAUAUUCCUGAAAGUAUGCGUGUACUGCUUAGACAGGCGAUAGAGUCGCAAGGGAUUGAUUGUGAAAAAUGCCGCAAAGCAGAGUCAGCCGCCAUGUUGACGGACGCCAAACAUUGGGCAGAAAAUGGCUAUGUUGAAGUGCGUGACCCGAAAACAGGAGGAACUCCCUUGCACGUGGCCGCUGCUAAAGGAUAUUUAGAAGUGGCGAAAACUCUUAUCGAAAAUUGCAAGGUUGAUGUCAAUUGCAUAGAUUAUGAAGGGUGGACACCUCUUCAUGCUGCAGCACUGUGGGGGCAGAAAGAAGUGGCUACACUUUUAAUCAAUAAAGGUGCAAACUUGGAUAUCAAGAAUUAUUCGGGACAAACCUGCGUGGAGAUUGUGGACCCGAAAAUCGCCACUUUUCUGAAAGAAGCGGCGAUGACUGCGCGUCGUAAGGGGCUUAUGGUAGACAACACAAGAGCAAGGACCGGCAGUUUUAAACGUCCUCAGCCAAAUCCUACUGGCGAGCACCAAAUGCCGACCUACGUUAACGGGGAAUCGCUUGCAAAACAAGCUGCCAACAAUCAAUUGGCACUAAGGCGAACGCACAGUUUCGAAACCGAUAAAACCUCUCAGCGUUACCGCACCGUCGCCGAACGCGUUAAAGCAUCAUCGUGCUCAUCCAUACCGCCCAUGGCGCCGCAGUCUAGCCUACCUUCUACAUCAGGCGAAGCUAAAAGGAAAACAUGCAAAAUUAACCGCCCAGCAGGCCAUACUAACAAGGAAGAACCAAACAGCAAUAACAACAAGGAAAAGAGUGAUACGACGCCGAUCUAUAAUUCCCCGCGUAGCGACAGCUCCUAUGUAACGAUCAGGAGGAAGACAUUCGUACCGCCGGUGCGUGAUGAUGAAAGUGAGACCCAAAGAAAGGCACACGCAAAACGUGUGCGCGAGACGCGGCGUUCGACGCAGGGAGUUACACUGGACGAGAUAAAAUCCGCGGAACAGCUCGUGAAAAACAAAAACAACGCCCCUGUUGAAGCUUCCACAUCAAGUGCUUGUAAUAAUUCCGAACCUCCAACCAAUAAUGUUAACGCCGACACCGAUUUGAGAGGCGCGAGGGCGAGUGAUGUGGCAGUAGCGGUGGCGCUGGCGUGCGUAAACGCUCGGGUCGCCCACCCGACCUACGCCUUGUCCUGCGCCCUGGCCGACGCCUCGAACUCCACCCCGCCCUUGCCCCCGGCCCCCGCCACCGCCGCGGCAACCAUCGCCGCGCAUAGCGACCGUCGCCCCGCGUGGCGGCUGCGCCUCGACCCCGCACACAAGGAGGUGGGUGAGGCGAGUACGGCAACGGUGGCACCACCACCCCAAGCGGCGACCGAGGCUACAGUUUAUGUGCGCCGCUCGCCUGCAUCUACUGCGACAGCUUCCUUGAACAGAACAGAAGACGAGAAGGAGACUGUGAAAAGAGAGAACGAAGCGACAGAGACGUGUUCGUUGGGUAGUGAUCUCGGAUUGUGCACUGUCGCGUCGCCAGCUACUCAGGCAGCGCAAAAUGUUAUCCAACGCCGCCGCCGGUCAAAGCGCCGCUCCACUGGCGUGGGACAAGUGGACUUUGAAGACUCCACCAACGACCGAGGUGCUAGCGGCGAUUUGGAAGAAGAAAAUACUGCCAUAAAAACCGAAUCAUCAAAUUGGGAGCAACCGAGAGAGGAUACAGCCUUAAAUUAUAAAAAACUUUACGAAGAUGCCAUGCUCGAGGUGAAAAAACUUCAAGUGCAGCUGUUCAACACUCAACAGAAACUGGCAGAAACUGAAGCAGUAAAGAAAGAAUACGAGCAGGGCAAUAAUGCCAUUAUGUACGAAAGUGAUAAACGAGAAAAAAGGGCAAUGAUCAGGAAGUUGUCCGAGAUGGAAGAGGAGUUGAAGAAUUUGACCUUGCUACAAGUGGAGACCCAGCGCCUGAGAGACGAAAACUCUGCUCUUAUCCGAGUCAUUAGCAAGUUGUCAAAAUGAAAGUCGCCUGUAGCUGUACCCCUCUACCCGCCCUACAUCAACUACGGCACAAUAACACAAGUGCCCAAAUCCUAUUUUAACGAUGUGUAAAUACUACCGUGUAAGCAACAAUUUAUUUAUAAUGUGUUUUUAGUUAUAGUUUA